AAGCACUUCUCCAGCUUAGAGCCCAUUUUCCCUGCAUUUCUCUCAUUUGUGCUCGUUUUCCAUACAGAAUUUUAAUGCUCUCUGAAAACAAAAUGUGCGUUUGUUUGUUUUUCCUGUAAGGAAUUUUCUUUUCAUUUGAUGUUUAGCUUAUGAACAUCCCACACCUUUUUGUGCUGUAUUUCUAAUCAUUUUUAUUUUUACUGUAAACAUGUUUUUGGACAUGCCUCCGCCAUAAUGGCGCAGAAAAGAAUCUUGUUUUCAUUUCUUUUUUUAAACAUGAGUACUUGUUCAUUACUCCAAACCAGUUUCAGUGACGCAGGAUGGAUCGCACGAAGUUGCCAAAGUUUCCGUCUUCGUUUUGAUUUUUCACUUUGAUAGCAGGAGUAUUUACUCUCUCAAGCCUUUCCUGUAAGCUGGCCGGUGGGGCCUGACGGAGCGCGUGCUCCACAGCACAGCCGGAGCCACUAUCUCUGAUCUCUAGGGCUUCUGAGUUGGAGUUGCGCGCUCGAGCCAUGAGUCAUCACGGAGUUUCCGCCGUCGCGCAAACCUUUCAUUUGACCGACGCACUGUCCAAGUAUCGCCAGACACCUUGGCUCGAUCACAAAUGCUCCUCUACUGUCCAUAGUGGGCACUACAUAGGGCGCGCGAGGCGUCCUUUCGCACCCUGUGUAGUGCGCUUACAGAGGGAGCAGGCAGCCAGUUGGUUACUCAGCGUCUCGAUUGCGUCACUUUAAGUAUAAAAGCUACUUACUCACCCAAGUUCAUUCACUCACAGAUUUCAGCUGGCGUGGAAACAAUUGAAAGUGCAACACACUAGAGCACUGGAAUGUACACCACCGGAUUGUUCCUUCUUUUAUCCCUGGGCGUCCUGGCUUGCGAAGGAGCCGACCCUUGCUGCUCGCAGCCAUGCCAGAACCGUGGUGUGUGUACAGCUCUUGGUCAAGACUCUUAUGAAUGUGACUGCACACGGACGGGAUAUUACGGGCAAAACUGCACAACUCCUGAAUUCCUCACCUGGCUGAUAGUGUCUCUGAAACCAACACCGAACACGGUGCACUACAUCCUCACACAUUUUAGAGCUUUCUGGAACAUCGUCAACAACAUUCCAUUUUUGCGAGACUCCGUCAUGCGAUAUGUUUUAACAUCACGUUCCCAUUUAAUUGAAAGUCCCCCAAUCUUCAACGCUGACUAUGGUUACAAGAGCUGGGAAGCCUAUUCCAAUCUAUCCUAUUUCACGCGUACUUUACCUCCUGUUCCCAAGGACUGCCCAACACCUAUGGGAGUUGCAGGUAAAAAAGAGCUGCCUGAUGUGAAGGUAGUGGCGGAGAAGUUCCUCCUCAGGACGAAGUUUAUCCCUGACCCACAGCGUACCAGUCUCAUGUUUGCCUUCUUUGCUCAGCACUUCACACACCAGUUCUUCAAAACUGACAUGAAGAGAGGCCCAGCGUUCACUAAAGCCAAGAACCAUGGGGUUGAUCUGAGUCACAUUUAUGGGGAGGACCUAGAACGUCAGCAUAAGCUCCGGCUAUUUAAGGAUGGCAAGCUUAAAUAUCAGAUUCUGCAUGGUGAGGUUUAUCCUCCCUCAGUCAGUGAGGUUCAGGUGGAUAUGCACUAUCCACCUCAUGUACCUGAGUCUCAUCGCUUCGCUGUAGGCCACGAAGCCUUCGGUCUGGUCCCAGGCCUCAUGAUGUAUGCUACUAUCUGGCUUAGGGAACACAACCGUGUGUGUGACGUUCUUAGGCAGGAGCAUCCAGAUUGGGAUGAUGAGAGGCUCUUUCAGACCACAAGACUCAUCUUGAUUGGUGAGACCAUCAAGAUCGUAAUUGAGGAAUACGUGCAGCACCUGAGCGGCUACCACUUGAAGCUUAAAUUUGAUCCAGAGCUCCUCUUUAACCAGCGUUUCCAGUACCAGAACCGCAUCUCCUCUGAGUUUAAUACCCUUUACCACUGGCACCCGCUCAUGCCUGAUGACUUCCACGUCCAGGGUGAAGUCUACAGCUACAAGCAGUUCCUCUUCAACACUUCAAUUGUGACGGACCAUGGCAUUAGCAACCUGGUGGAUUCAUUCUCCAAGCAGAUAGCAGGCAGGGUUGCUGGUGGUCACAAUGUCCCACCUGCACUGAUGAUGGUGGCAAUGAAAUCGAUUGAGAAUAGCAGACUGAUGCGGUACCAGUCUUUCAAUGCUUACAGGAAACGCUUCAACAUGAAGCCCUAUGCCUCGUUCCAAGAGAUGACAGGUGAUAAGGAAAUGGCAGCGGAGCUGGAGGAGCUGUAUGGAGAUAUUGAUGCAAUGGAGCUGUACACCGGCCUGCUUGUUGAAAAGCCACGGCCCAAUGCCAUCUUUGGAGAGACCAUGGUGGAGAUGGGCGCCCCAUACUCACUGAAAGGCCUCAUGGGAAACCCCAUCUGCUCCCCCGAAUACUGGAAGCCCAGCACAUUUGGUGGCAAAGUUGGUUUUGACAUCAUCAACACGGCCUCGCUGCAGAAACUGGUAUGCAGUAAUGUCAAGGGGCCUUGUCCUACUGUGUCUUUUCACGUGCAUGAUGUACAGGACUCCGUACUGACGACAAUCAACGCAAGCACAGCGCACUCAGGUACAAAAGAUGUCAACCCAACAAUUCUACUUAAAGAGCGGACCACCGAGCUCUGAAAAACCACUACUGUGAUUGAUUCUUCAUACGAAUCAGCAUUAAAAACUGAACUCUUAAUAUAACCGUUAUUUAUUUAUUUAUUUAUUAAUUACAUAUUUAUUUUAUUUAUUUCAUGUAAUAAGAUCUAUUUUAUUGUAUAAAAAUACUGUAUUUUAAAUGAAUAAAUCUUUGUAAAUCUUUGUAAAAAUAUUUCGAUUUCAGAAUCAGAUUCAUGCUUUAUUAGCCAAGUACAUUAGAGUGUGUAUACAAGGAUUUUGACGUGGGUGUUAUGGGCGUUACAAUAAGACAACAAAGUCAAGGACACAGACACCUGUACUACUUGCAUACUUGUACAGCAGUGGAUACUAUAUAUAACUAUUUUACUGUAAGGAAAAUGAAGAAUAUUGCACAACAAUAUUUGGCAGGGAAAAAACUAUGCUAACUGCCCGCUCUCAAGUUUAUGAAGGAAAUACGUGUUCAGACUAGUCUCACUGCUUGUGAAAAGGAAGUAUUCUGAUAUCUGGUGGUUUAAAUGCACAGUGAUUUGGAUGCCUGCUGGGGCAAAGGGUUGGAAAGAUUUUUUUUCUGCUCACUUCCUGGCUCAGGAGGUGAACAGGUCUUUGAGGGAGGGCAGGUUUCCUCCUAGGAGCCUUUUAGUCGACCUGACAAAACAAUGCAGUCUGUUCAGGGUCGAGUUUCCCCAAAGCAUCGCAGCACAAAGAUCAGUUCAAUUAAAUUUUAUUUGUAUAGCACUUUUAGCAAUGGACAUUUGUCACAAAGUACAGAAAUAUGUAAUUUAUAAAUUUAUCCCUAUUGAGCAAGCCAGAAGUGACAGUGGCGAGAAAAAACUCCCUGAGACGAUAUGAGGAAGAAACCUUGAGAGGAACUAGACUCAAUAGGGAACCGAUCCUCAUCUGGGUGACACCGGAUAGUGUAAUUAUAAAUAAUUUCCUUUUGUAACUGUAUACUGUAGAGUCAAAAAGUGCAGUUGUGUAAACAUGCGCUUAUAAGCAACUCGUGAGUAAGAGAGUAUCAGAGUAAUUUCUGAAUUCAUUAUAGUUUUCCCUUUAGAGUCUAUUGUAUCAAACUGAAGUUAUCAAAUGUUCAAUAAUGGAGACUUGAGUGUUCCUAGCAAUUGCAGUCCUAAGGAUAUCUAAGGAAGAACAUCCACAGCCAUCUUUAUUGUUUCUGUGUGGUACCAUCCACAGUAAGAGUGAGAGAGAGAAAGGGGAGAAGAGAGAGAGAAGAUCAUCAUUAAGGGUAGCACAAGCAUCACAACAACCACUCUCUCUCCUAGUUUAGAUGUUUCUUAACCUUUAAUGCUUUGGGGAAACUCAGCCCAGGUCAUUACUGGUUACAGAACCACAGCACACUGUUUCUGUGGUGGUGAGGACAGACUCAACGCUGGCUGUGUAGAACUGGGCCAAGAGCAGUUGUUCAGUAUGUUGGUCUAUUUACAUUGUAAAAUAUAGAAUAUUUUUUGUUGUAAUCCAAGAUGCUAACAUUGUUGACACUAUUUACACUGUUUUGUUUGUUUUUAUGGAAAUAAUACUUGAACGACUUUAGUUUACAAUUUAUGUCUAAAUAUUUUAUUUAUUUAUUUAUUUUUUUGCAUUUUUGCAGCAUUUUCUCCCAAUUUAUUUGUUUCUAGUUUAAUUUUUCCCCAUUACAUGACAGUUACUAAUCUGGGUGGGCAAAACGAAUUAAUAAUUCUUCCCAAUUCACCCACAGUAUCUUUUGAAACUUGUGCUCAUGCAACAUCACUGGGCAGCUAAAUGCAUAUAAGAGCCAUAUGCUAAUAGAUGCCCAUGAUAGGGUAUAGAUUUUCUUAUUGAUAGAUGAGAGAGAAUGCCACCCCUCCCACCCAGUGUACAGGACCACGUAACAGUGUUUUUUAAAUAAAUACUUGAACGCAGUGCAAAGAGAAAUAAACAACUAUGCAAAAGGUAAUAAACAACGUCUUGUAUAAAAUAUCACCUCU